GGUAAAUAACUAGUUUUAAUUAGCGAUGGAUCGCAAUAAACCUCCCGAUCCCGAUCCUCCCGACAUCUCUGCAUAUGCUCCUCUUUCCCCUAACUAUCCAUUAUCCCAAUUCGCCGAUGUUGCUUGCAGCAUCGCGGACUCCCAUAACUUAUCUGCCUCGAAUGCCAGGAAACGCUCCGGAGAUGAUGCAAACAUUGUCGUGUCAACCCCACCACCGAAACAACAAAGGAAUUUAGUUGGCCGCAGCAGGUACUCUGCUACAGAUAAGGCACCGUUCAUUGUCCACGUGUCUCGUUUGGAACCCCAGCCUAAUGCCGGUACUUCUCUGCAUCCGGUUACCUUUGGAAUAUUUCUCCAAAAACAGAAUAUAGUUAACAUUGUCCGUGAUGGAGUUAAAAAAGUUGGCAGGAACCGUGUUUCUGUGGAAUUUAAAUCCCCUCAGGAUGCAAAUGCAUUUCUUAUUAAUAACAUUCUUCCCAAGAACAGCUUUGUGGCCUCCAUCCCUACGUUUAAUAUAACCCGCAUGGGUGUUGUUACCGGUGUUCCUACUGAUUUAACUGAAGAGGAAGCCCAAAGAUACCUACAAGUCCCCUCAGGUUGCGGUGAAAUUCUCAAAGUUCGUCGUAUAAAUAGGAAAAUGAUAAUUGAUGGAGUGACCGAAUUUAAAUCCACAGAAACAUGUGUCCUUACCUUUGACGGUCAGGUGUUACCGCCAAGGGUGUUUUGCUGCUACACUUCCCUUCCAGUCCAACAAUAUGUUUAUCCCACCAUCCAGUGCCGUAAGUGCUGCAGGUUUGGUCACGUGGAACUAGUGUGCCGGUCUAAACCCCGCUGCAGUAAGUGCGGCCAUGAUCACCCUGGUGAUGGUUGCAGCAUUUCUGAGGCGGAGGCAUUCUGUGUGCUUUGCUCGGGGAAUCAUUUUGCAAAUAGCAAAUCAUGCCCGGAGCUGGGUAGACAGAAGGCCAUUAAGACUGUUAUGGCUGAGAAGUCCCUCUCUUAUGCUGAGGCCAGCAAAACUGUCCCACUCGCUUCUCGCAACUAUGCGAAUGCUACAAAAGCAGUUCCCACCUCCACUCAGUCAUACCGCAAAACCGUUUUCCUCAAGCCGAAGACCCAUGCCCCUCUAUCUCCCUCUUAUGAUAAAGCUGCUCAUCAGCAAAUUAUUAACUCCCCUGCACCUUCACAGCCUGAUGGCUGCGCUCUAAAUAAUCCAUUCACCGGCAAUAAUGCUUCAUCAAUUAUAGAAAUUCUUAUUAAACUCUUAACUACUAUUGUAUCCACUAAUAAUGCUGAAAUACCGUCCAACGUUGCCUAUCAACUAAUAAAUCUCCUUUCAAAAAUUAAAAAUGGCGUCCCGUCAAAUAUUCCUGCAAUGGAAUGUGAGGAGCGUGUGGCAUAAGAAACAUGACCUCAUAUUCCUUCUUAAUAAAUUCAAGCCUUUGGCUUGCUCAAUUGCUGAGACUUGGCUCACACCGAGUCUCAGUUUUAAUAUACCACAUUUUAAUGUUCUCAGAUGUGACAGAUCUGAUGGCUAUGGAGGGUCGGCUCUCCUCGUUAAUAAUCGUGUUCCACUGUCGACCUUGGCACUUUCUGCUCUGGAUGGUGAUAUGAAUAUAGUCGCAGGUAGAGUAGAAGUGUCGUCCUACUAACAAGUUAAAGUUACACAAGAUCGGCUACAACAGCAUCUUAAAUUUCUUUUGUUUUUUGUUUUUUUAAUCACAAGCACGACUUGCUUCUCAUUUCACUUGUCAUUGGCAGAAUCGUCGACAUUGACAUCGACACGGAUUGCCAUAAAUAAAAAUAGAAUAGAAUAG